UUGGCCGGAUUGGGGAGCAAAAAAGACUCGUUUUUGGCUCGUGUGGGUAUGUUUUUGAAGAGAGAGCGCGCGCCAAGUUUUUAGUGAAGCGUCGGAACGUAUCCGUUGAAUAGCCACCAAAGCGCGCUUAGAUGCAGCAAGCCAGCUACCCAGAAGAGCCGUUCUUCAGCCAUCAGCCAGCGACGGUUUUAGCCCCCUCGCCAGAUCAGGCCAAAAUACCAGAUCAUCCGGACAAAAAAAUUAAAAACAAACUAUUACCGGGUCAUCUCUUACAAGAAACAUCUCUGAAAAGUGUUUAAAAACUUGAAAGUAAUACGUUUUUAAAACAAUUCUAGUGUAUUGCAUAACUAUAUCUCUAAAAUAUAAUAACCUUAAUAACCGUGGCCCAUAUGAUAUCAAGUUUUAAGUGCUCGUCUAAACAAACACGAAGAGAAAUCAAAAUAAAAAUAUACUCCAACUCCCAUAAAGUUGUGAAAUUCUAAGCUACUUACUUGUAUCGUUAAACUCCAAAUCAAACAAGCUCCAUUCUUUCUAUAGAGGCAUAGAAGUAUCUUAUCAAUGAAUGGAAAGCAACAUAAACUAGUGAUAUCCAAUAUGUAAAGUGUUCGACAAACAGUAUCGGUUACGAAAGAUCGGCUCAAGAUCGUAAAAGUCAACAAAUUCAACAGUUUAUGGCGGCUCGGAAAGUGGGAAAUUCAUAAACGACAGAAACAAACCAUAAACAUAUACAUAUUAACUCGAUUCGGUAGUAUAUUCCGUAUCUACAUAUAUGCCGCCAUUGAAUUUUUGAUUCCAAUUGUUGGGGUUACGGGAAAUACAAAGGAAAUGCAGAACUUAUCGAGCUCCACGCGUCUAAAACUCGACUCCACCACCAGUUCCAGAACCACUAGAUCCAGCACCACCCAGUCCGACCGUCGGCUCACAGGCCGUAGAUUGAGCCACCGAGGAAGCAGCGGAUCCGGAAUCGGAAACGGAAACGGAAGCGGUAGCCCGGCUCCGUCUGCGAUAUGAUGGAACGUCUGUCCACGCACCUGUCGCUCACCGGCCUAUCGCUCGCACACCCCUUGCAGACUCACCUGAGCUCCGUGGGCUCCGGCGGUGGAUCUCACCAUCUUGGACAAUUGGCGGCGGCGGUGCAGCAGCACCACCAACACCACCAACAGCAACAGCAGCAGCAUCAGCAACAGUCGGAUCAGGGUCUCGGCCAGUCGCAUCACUUGCACGGCGGGCAAUUGUCGCUGAACCACCAGCACCACAACCCACACCAGUCGCCGCACCACCAGCAGCAGCACCAGCACCACCCGUGCAGCAGCAACAGCAGCAACGGUUCCCCGAACGGCUCCAGUGGCUUGGGGCUGCAUCCGCACUCGGCUCUCCACCUGGCCCACCACCACUCCCAGCUGCACCAGCACCACCCGUCGUCGGGCCAGCAACAGCAGACGCCGCAGGGUCAGCCGGCAGUCUCCUCCUCCUCGUCCUCCUCGACGGCGGCCUCGCACCACAGCCACUCGCACUCCCAGUCGCAGUCGCUGUCCCACCAGCCGCACACCAACGGCAGCUCACAGCUGGGCGGUGGAGCCGGUGCUGGAGCCGGGGCCUCGAACAGCCACCACAGCGGCGCAGCCACCAGCAGCGUUAUGGCCGCCGCAGCAGCUGCCCACCUGCACCACAAUUCGCAGGCAUCGCCCAUCAGCAACCUGCACCAGAACAUGGGCAGUCUCAUGAACAGCGGCAGCAGUGCCAGCGAUGUCUUCUUUAGUCUAAUGAUCCAAAACACAACGAAGAGACAGAAUGAGGAGCACAUUAAACGUCCAAUGAAUGCUUUUAUGGUCUGGUCCCGAUUACAGAGGCGCAAAAUAGCUCAGGAUAAUCCAAAAAUGCAUAACUCGGAGAUAUCCAAGCGACUGGGUGCCGAGUGGAAGUUACUUACCGAGGAGGAGAAGCGACCCUUCAUCGACGAGGCCAAAAGAUUGAGAGCCAUGCACAUGAAGGAGCAUCCGGACUACAAGUAUCGACCGAGACGCAAGCCCAAAGCCCUGAGACGGGAUGGUUAUCCUUAUCCAAUGCCAUAUCCUUCGGUUCCAGUCGAGGCACUAAGAGCAGGCAUUACCCCCGGCUACUUUGCCCCUGGACCCACUGCCGCCGCCUAUCACCUGGGCAGCCAUCUCGGCCAGACAUCGACGCCGAGCACGACGCAGGCCACCCUCUCCGGACAGAUGGACAAGUUCGCCCUGGAACGGAGCUCGUAUCUGAGCAAUGCGGCAGCGGCGGCGGCGGGCAGCCAGGCGAGUGCCUACAGCGCCUACCUGGACCCCAGCGUCCUCACCAAGGCCUACUUCGACUCCAAGAUGUACCAGGACCGGGCGGCCAACUAUGCCUUCGACAUAUCCAAGAUCUAUGGCGCCCAGCAGCAUGCCGCCGCCCACCACCAACAGCAACAGCAGCAGCAGCAGCAGCAACAACAGUUGCUACUAGCCGGUGGCGGGGGCGGGGGCGGAGGCAGUGUGGGUGGCGGCGGCGGCAGUGCCAGCUCCCACAACAACAACAGCAGCAGCGGCCUGGACGAGCGGGAUGCCACGCCCCAGCUGGAAACGGGUGGGAGCCUGGUAGUGGAUGCCAAGCCGCACCUCCAUUCGCCCAGCGACGUGGGCCUGGACUAUGCCCAGUAUGCCCAGCAGUACGGCCAGCUCUCCACGGCAGCGGCAGGCGGCGGAUCAGUGGGUGGGGCGGUUGGAGGAUCUAUCGGUGGAUCCGGAGGUGGUGGCGGCGGGGGCGGAGGCAGUGGCGGGGCUGGAGGGGCAACCGCCGCGGACUUUCGGCGACCGCUGACGGUGAUCUUCUGACCACCAUCUUCCAAUGGCAGCGAGGAGUUGAACUUGUCCAUGACCUAGGAAAAUAAUCACAAAAAGCUCACAGAAACAAGUGGAAGGAUAACACAAGGCUAAGGAAUCAGCUAAGGAGGAGAAGCCCUUGAAAAGGACAUAACGAAUACAACCGAAAACGCGAGAUUAAAGUUAAAAAAUAGCCAACAUUUAAGAUUAAGUCUCCAGUUGUAAACUAAACAUAAGCUUUGUUAAAACAAAAAAUCGAAUCGGAAAAAUAUGAAGGAUUUUGGAGAGUGAUGCAUAAAUAUCAUGAGAAAAAAUAUUAAGAAAAAUCAGUUAGCUAAAAAAUAUUUAAUUAAAAACUUUAAUUAAUUACAAAACAACAACGAGCGGUGCAAUUUUUUAUGUUUUAAAAGCAGAACGAAGUGCAUAGCAUAAAUUUAAACUUAAACAUAAAUGUAUUUAAAUUCUACACUCACAGAAACACAAACACACAAUAUAUAUACAUUAAAAUUAAAACAAAAUACAACCGAAAAUAAAGAAACAAAAUUAAAACUAAA